UAAAAGGAGAUCCUUCGCCCAAAAUUUUCAGAGAAAAAUCAAUCUCUGCUUCUUCUCCUUCUCUGCAACCUCUUCUUCAUAGUAAGUAAUCAUGGAGUUAUGUUCAGCAACAGAUUUAGCACCACUAUUAGUUGGACUAACGAACUCAACAGCAGCAGCAGAAUAUCUCUGUGGUUCAUUCGGUACAGUAACAAACAAAUUCACAGACGUAGGAUUCGCAAUCGACACAACAUAUCUAUUAUUCUCAGCCUACUUAGUUUUCGCUAUGCAAUUAGGAUUUGCUAUGUUAUGUGCAGGUUCAGUAAGAGCUAAAAACACCAUGAACAUAAUGCUUACAAACGUCUUAGAUGCAGCUGCCGGUGGUUUGUUUUAUUAUCUUUUCGGUUUUGCUUUUGCUUUCGGUACACCUUCUAACGGAUUCAUCGGGAAACAUUUCUUUGGUCUUAAAGAGAUUCCUGCUGCUGGUGGUUUCGAUUACGGGUAUUUCCUUUAUCAAUGGGCUUUUGCUAUUGCUGCUGCUGGGAUUACUAGCGGUUCGAUUGCGGAACGAACUCAGUUCGUCGCCUAUUUGAUUUACUCAGCUUUCCUCACUGGUUUUGUCUACCCAGUUGUUUCUCAUUGGUUUUGGUCUGUUGAUGGCUGGGCUAGUCCGUCCAGAACUGAUGGGAAUUUGUUAUUCGGUUCUGGAGUAAUCGAUUUCGCUGGUUCCGGUGUUGUUCAUAUGGUCGGAGGUAUUGCUGGUUUAUGGGGUGCGUUAAUCGAAGGACCCAGAAUCGGUCGAUUCGAUCAUACCGGGAGGGCCGUUGCCCUUAAAGGUCAUAGCGCUUCGUUAGUUGUUUUGGGUACGUUCUUGUUGUGGUUUGGAUGGUAUGGAUUUAACCCUGGUUCUUUCGCUACCAUUUUGAAGACGUACGGCGAAAGUGGAAGUUAUUAUGGGCAAUGGAGUGCUAUUGGCAGAACUGCUGUUACUACAACUUUAGCUGGCUGUACAGCCGCGCUGACGACUUUGUUUGGGAAAAGAUUGUUAGUCGGGCAUUGGAAUGUUACUGAUGUUUGUAAUGGUUUGUUGGGUGGUUUCGCUGCGAUUACCGCCGGUUGUUCUGUUGUCGAACCGUGGGCAGCUAUUAUUUGCGGAUUUGUUGCGUCCGGGGUGUUGAUUGGAUGUAAUAAACUCGCCGAGAAAUUCAAGUACGAUGAUCCAUUAGAAGCAGCCCAGUUGCACGGUGGUUGUGGUACUUGGGGUAUAAUUUUUACAGCUUUAUUUGCCAAGAACGAGUAUGUCGCUCAGAUAUAUAACGGCGGCGUUGUUGGUAGACCUUAUGGUUUGUUUAUGGGUGGUGGCGGAAAAUUGUUAGCGGCGCAUCUUGUUCAGAUUUUGGUUAUUGCUGGUUGGGUUAGUGCAACAAUGGGUCCAUUGUUUUUGAUACUAAACAAGUUGAAGCUAUUGAGGAUUUCAUCCGAAGAUGAAAUGCAAGGAAUGGAUGUCACUAGGCAUGGUGGUUUCGCAUAUGUUUAUCAUGAUGACGAUGAUUCGUUGCCCAAACAUGGGUUCCAGUUGAGGAAAGUUGAACCUAGCGGCACUCCAAAUUCUAAUUCCGCUGCACCCGUCGUCUAAUUUUUUUUUAUUAAUGAAAUGAAAACUAGUGUCUUAAAAAUUAAAGUAUCUGUUUUUAAGAAACGGAUACUUUCAAGAUAAUAUAUUUAUUGUUGUCCAGGUGUUUUGGUUUUUUUGUGGGGUGUGAAUUGCAAACUUGUGAUGCUUAUUUGAUUCGACGAAUGUAGAAAACGUAGAGAUGGUGAAAUAAUGGGCGACCAUUUUUCUUCUUCUUCUU